AUGAGCGUCUCAGUUGAUAUGCGUCAUGUAGCUGCGCGAACGCGUGCUGCUGCAAGAAGAAGACGUCAACGUCUUCUUUCUGCAGGAGACAAUGGUGCUAUUGUGGAAUACGAUUCUUUUACAACAUUUACUAGUACAUCACCAUCACAUCGUAUUCCUGUCCCUCCUCGUCAAGCUCUAACACGACCUUUGUUGUUUGAUUACUACAAAGUCAUCACUGGGAAGGAGCCGGGAUUAAUGCAGCGUGACCUCAGGAAGGAGGGUUACAGUUACAGCUGGUUUACUCCAGCAAGUAGUGAAGAGAGAGAAGUCAUUCCAAAAGGCAAACGCCGAUUAGGUGAGGCUUUGAUUGCUGCUAGAAAACCACUAUGUGAACUCGAAGAAGGUGUUAGGGGCGUUUUUGACUCUGGACACAUAUAUUCUCCCAUUUUUCGCUCUCUUAGUCGUAACUCUGGAAAAAAAACUAUACUCCGAGAUAACGAUAUUGAUGGAAAAGAAGAAGAAGGGAUUCAAGAAGAAGAAGAUGAUUAUGAUGAUAAUAAUAUCAAUACUAAGGUUGUCUUUGUUCGUCCGGUGGCGAGGGAGCUUCUCUCCAAGGAGCGAAUGAUGUAUGAUGAGAUGGUCCGAGUGGCACCAAAGGGACGUGAGUGGGAUCGACAACAUGCAUUACGCCACGAGGUGGGUCGGACAGCCCAAGAAGCACUUAUCGAUUCUCACAUUGACACGAGAUACCGACGCCCAGGGGAUUAUGUGCGGCGGAACUGGCGAGGUGAUUUGCUUGAUGCACGUGGACGUCCUAUGCGUGUAGUUUCGACAUUGAUUUAG